GCCGUGGAGGCUUCAGAUCUCAUAUCUUCCUCCUCCUCCUCUUCAGAUCUCAUCUCUUCCUCCUCCUCCUCUUCUCCGAGCUCGUCGGCGUUGAGUUCUUCUACAGCAGACAGGUCGAACCAAUUUCAUUUACCAGCCGCAUCACGAGUAUCUAGCUCAAACAGAAGGGGAUGGUUUACAAAGUUUGGAGGCCCAGUUCCUUAUCGUCCAGCUGCAGAUAUGGCCUUUUCCGUUGCAAGGUUUAUUCAAAAGGGUGGCUCUUUCAUCAAUUACUAUAUGUAUCACGGUGGAACAAAUUUUGGUCGAACUGCUGGUGGUCCGUUUAUUGCAACCAGCUAUGACUAUGACGCGCCUCUAGACGAAUACGGACUUGAAAGACAGCCUAAGUGGGGGCACUUGAAAUAUUUGCAUAGAGCGAUCAAGCUGUGUGAGCCAGCAUUAGUAUCAGGAGAGCCCACGAGGAUGCCCCUUGGAAACUAUCAAGAGGCUCAUGUGUACAAAUCGAAAUCUGGGGCUUGUUCUGCAUUCUUAGCAAACUACAAUCCAAGAUCUUACGCCAAAGUUUCUUUUGGGAGCAACCACUACAAUCUACCUCCGUGGUCUAUUAGUAUUCUCCCUGACUGCAAAAACACAGUUUACAACACAGCCAGGGUUGGUGCUCAAACCUCAAGGAUGAAGAUGGUUGAGGUUCCUGUUCAUGGAGGAUUAUCUUGGCAGGCAUACAAUGAAGACCCAUCAACUUACAUUGAUAAGACAAGAUAGGCAAGGAGGAGAACUAUCCAAAUUUCAUACAUGACAAAAAAAAACAUAAAAUCCUUACUUAAAAUAAUUUUCAUAUACUAAACCAACACGUAGAGCAGGUGAUCCUUUAGAUCACUUCAACUUUUGUUAACGCUAUUUCUAAUUCUU